GUGGAAGAACCCUUCUCCAUGUUUUCUCUCCUUGAACUCUCUGAUAAGAACCCUAAUCCAUAUCCCUGCUUUUCCAUUUAUGGUUUCUGUAUCCACAUUUGCCUCUUCCACCAGUAUCAACUGCAAUCCUUACCAUGAACUGGUGUUCCCUUCUCCUCUCUACCCCACCACCACCAAACCAUCGCCCAUCUGAAAACCCUAGAUACCAUCGUCUCCAACACCACCCAACCCUCUCUGAAAACCCUAGACACGACAUUUACCAUCGUCUCCUCUAACAUCUCCCACCGCCGUCUCCUCUAAGCAGGCAUGUUUGUGAUUAAAGAAUGUUGACACGUGUAACAAUCAUAUCAAACAAUGUCAAUUGAAGAGGCAUCAAUGGACUAAAACAUUGGAUCUGUUAAAGCCCUACAGGUUCAGUCAAUUUGAUUUCUCUUCUUCCUUACCUCCUUACUGUUAGCCACCUCAUCGCCGCCUACAAACCCACCACUCUUUGUAGCUCUCUGAUUUCCAAGGUGAAGAUAAGAAAGCGGGUUCUUAUGAAUUAUUCAUCAUCACCGUCUCUUCCAUCUACUACCAUCACCGCUUUCACCCAAAUUUAUCACCCCAAAUACCUGACGCAACACCUGCACCACCAUUACAACAUCUGCUCACUUCACCAACCAUCAUCGCUUUCAACAUCGUUGCUGACCACCACAUGCUUUAUCUCCAUCAGCCACCAAUAUCUCCAUCUCUAGACAAACGUUGGAUACAAAUUUUACAUGCUCCAUCCGAACCCAUGCACCACUAAAGCCACAUGCUUCCAGUAAAUAAAUGACAUAUACAAACCUCCAUUGACGACUUCAGUUGAUCUUAAAGCAAAAGAGAAAGCUUAAAUUUGUUUGUAUUCUUAGGUACAUUCACCAUGUAGAAAAAUAGAAGUUGGUGUUCCCCCUCUAAAGCCGGAAUCAAGGAUGUUUGUUGUGGCUCAGGGCAGACAACAAGAAGACAUAUCAGGGACAGAUGUGGGUGCAACUCAAAUACCAUCUCAAGGUGACCUGGUUUGCUUCUGGAAGAUGUGGAUCAGAUUGCCAAGGGAUAUGGAUCAACAACAUAAGAUUUGGCUUCUUCUACAUCUGGAAGAGGGAAGGCAGCGACUCUGCAUCUCUGUUGCAUCAUUUCCUCUAACAUGA